AUGGCCGCUCGAUUCCUGCCAGCUUAUUCUCAGAUCCGGACGCGCAACCUGCGCUUCCUGCUCACUCGUCUAGUUUGCUCCAUCUUGCGCAUCCUCGGUGAGAAGAUCGGCGCUUCCGGCCUGACUCCUUUACUACCGGGCCCGUCAAGUCCGUGCUCCAAUGCUGCCAGGUACUUGCAGCGACGAACUGUGAAGACCAAGCCGAGUUUCCGCUGUAAGAUGCAACUUCGCUCGGGACAGACACGAAAGAUGGCUAAACGCAAGUCAAAUUCCGGCAAGAAGCUGGCCAAGAGGGCUACUCUCGGCUCGUCGACGAGCAGUGGCAAGCAAUCCGCAGUCGGGUUUGACUUCGAGCCCACUGACCAGAAGAUUCCGAAGGAGGAAGAGCCCGGUCCCUCCACGAGCACGCCAAGCGCGGCUGAGGAUCCGAGGCCAUCGGCGAACUUGCAGCACCAGACCGUGCGCGAAACGGUUGACCGUACGCUGCCUUCGCUUACUCACCAGACCUCGACCCUGCUCAACUGGAGCCUCCUCGAGCAGCUGCGUCUGAACAACGAGCUUGGUGUCGCAAUUCAUCAGACGCUGCGUCUCCAAACCCUCAUGCAGAUCCACGCGCUAGAGGAGAGAAGUGUUCACGAUGCGAGCUACUUCAUGAACCUUCUGCAGAGUAUCUCGCACGUCAAAGCGCCUGACCAUAUCAUCGGCCCAAACGCCACCGCAAAGUGGUCUCGUCUUUCUUCGCCCAAUCAGUACCUCAUGGAAGCCGCUGCCGGCUUGCGCUUUGCACACCAGAGGUUUCCCAACGUCCAACUCAACGACGUCUCCGACCCUUUCACGGAAGCCGAGCUGGAGAUGAUCGAUAGGAUCGAAGCACAAGUGCAGGAGGAUCCCACGGGCGAAGUUCAAGGCGACAGCGAGGAGACCGAAGAGACCUCUUCUCAGGAGCCGAUCCUGACUACCAAGCAUGAAGUUUGA